AAACCUUGCCCAGAAAACCCCAUGACAGGUUUGCCUUAGGGUCACCCUAAGUGAGAAGUGACCAUAGGGCCUUGUCUGCUGAGGAAUGCAGUGUGACCCAGAGGCUUGCUGUUCCUCCUGUGGCCGGCAGGAGGCGCGGGAUCCGAAUCCUCUGCCCGCCUGGCUUCCCUUCCAAAAAGGCUGGCAAAGCAGAAGGAGCCCAGCAGGAGCAGGAGCAGCAGCAGGAACAGCUGAGUCCCAUCUCCCGGUGAAUUCAGCAGCCGGCAUCAAUGAGGAGACUAGGCAUGGCCCUGUUCAAACAACAGAAGGUGGAGGACAUUUACGAAAUCGGGGAAGAACUGGGAAGUGGCCAAUUUGCCAUUGUGAAGAAAUGCCGGGAGAAGGCCACGGGGGUGGAAUACGCGGCCAAGUUCAUCAAGAAGCGCCAGAGCCGUGCCAGCCGCCGUGGGGUGCGACGAGAAGAGAUUGAACGGGAAGUGAACAUCCUGCAGCAGACCCUCCACACCAACAUCAUCAAACUCCAUGAUGUCUAUGAGAACAAGACGGACGUCGUCCUCAUCCUUGAGCUUGUAUCAGGAGGAGAACUUUUUGAUUUCUUGGCCCAGAAAGAGUCCUUGAGUGAGGAAGAAGCCACCCAGUUCAUCAAGCAGAUCCUGGAUGGGGUCAACUAUCUACAUGCCAAAAAGAUUGCCCAUUUUGACCUCAAGCCUGAGAACAUUAUGCUGCUUGACAAUGACAUCCCCAUCCCAUACAUAAAGCUGAUCGAUUUUGGCCUGGCCCACGAAAUAGAAGACGGAGUAGAAUUCAAAAACAUUUUUGGGACGCCAGAAUUUGUAGCACCAGAAAUUGUGAACUAUGAGCCUCUUGGCCUGGCGGCAGAUAUGUGGAGUAUAGGAGUCAUCACCUACAUACUACUCAGUGGCGCUUCACCAUUCCUUGGCGAGACCAAGCAGGAGACCUUGGCCAACAUCACUGCAGUAAACUAUGAGUUUGAUGACGAACUCUUCAGCCACACAAGUGACUUGGCAAAAGAUUUUAUCCGGAAACUUCUAGUGAAGGAUACGCGGAAGCGUCUCACAAUCCAAGAAGCCCUCUCCCAUCCCUGGAUCACGAAUCACCAGCCCAAAGAAGAAAUGAAAGUCCAGGGGAACAGAAGGGCUGAGACUAGGCAGCUGAAGACCAAGCGCCUGAAGGAAUACACCAUCAAGUGCCACUCCAGCAUGGUACCAAACAACACCUACGUCAACUUUGAGCGCUUUGCUCUCGUUGUGGAGGACAUUUCAGGGAUGGAGCAGAGCUUCGGGGCCUUGGCUGUGUCCCACGAUUCCCUGCAGGAGGACAUGGACGCCCUGGUCUCCAUCUACAAUGAGAAAGAAGCGUGGUACAAAGAGGAGCACGAGAACAUCAGGCACGAACUUUCCCAACUGAAGUAUGAGUAUCGUAAGAUUGAAUCCCUGAAGAAGCAUCUUCAGGAGGACAUCAAGGAUGUAGGGACCAGCCUUACCGGUAUCACUGAGAAGUAUACAGAGUUGCAGUCGCAUUAUGAGUCUUUGAGUCGGGAGCUUUCGGAAGAACUCAAGUGGAUCCAGGACUUGGCAGGCAGCUUCCGGCAAGAGGCUGAAAGUGAGGCUUAUACCGUUGGAAAUAUAGGCUCAGUCUUCAAUAAGGACAUCAAUGACUCACUGAUGGAGUUGCUCAACCAGUCGUGCUGCGAAGGUUUCCUAGCCGCCUUGAACUUGGGUGUUGCAAAGUCGAAUCAAUAGUGCUCCCUGAAUUGGGUUUUUAGAGUUUGAUAUAUUUAUGUUGUUUCUUUGAUGUGAAACAGUAAGAAGUGAUCUUGGUAAGGUCUUGCUGCCAUCCUAAGAAUUCCUACCUAUUUACUAAACCCACAUAUUCGCUUUAUUGAUUUCUGCACAAAACAUCUUUGGCAGCCACUCCUUAUGGCUGGAUUUUUGAGCUCCCUAAAAAUAUAUGUGAGAGAGAUCCAGCUGUUGUUACGGACUUGGCUAGCAAAGCUCUUUUCCAAGAGACAGGUUGUGAAGGUUGCCAGUUUAGAGACUGGUUGAAAUUCAAUUGUACUCAUCUGCCCCUUGAAUUUUAAAAAGAAAGCUGCCCUGCUAUUGUACUUUGGGAGUUAGCAUCAACGUACCUCUACUAUGGAAUACCUCUUGGCUACUUGAUUGUAGAUAGUUGCAUGGACUACUACAGCUUUCUUAUUGCAGUCAAAUAAAACAGUCAGUGGGGAUGAUGCAUUAAUAUUUUGGAUAUUUUGAAAUGUAGACAAAAAGCACUUGUAGUAAGGAUGGGUUCAGAUGUACCUUUGGGUCUUGUGGCCCCAAACAUACUCCGCAAUCCCGACCAAGCAGUAGGUAUUUUUGGUGGAAAGACAGCCCCAUCAUGAAGGUGUUCUGGAAGGACUGGAGAAUUCAGAAUGAGUGUGCAAAGACUCAUAUCUCUUGAGAGCAAAAGCUGGGUCAGGCAAUGUCAAGAGACCUGGCGUUCAUCCCAAACCAGACAAAAGGAACAUGGUGCAGUGAAGGACCGAAAUGACUGAAUUACGCUAUCGCUCUCUCGUUCUUUAUUAACCUUUAUUUAUAAAGCGCUGUAAAUUUACACAGCGCUGUACAUACAAUAUUUCGUUCUUUCUUAUUAGAAAGUGAAUGGGAGGGAGUUAUUAUGGAAUUAUGCAUUUCUCUGUCCUUUGAAGAAGCGUAUUGCUCAGGCAGCAUUAUUGUUCCCCAAUAUGUAACUGACCUCACAGCAAAAGAGCCAAUAAAUAUUUAAUUUAGCACAGCAUGGUUUCUUGAAGCACCAUCUGUCUUUAAAGCGAUGCAAAUGGCUGUCCUCAGUAAGCGGAAGAUGAUCUUGCUGAUGACAAUCCUAGUCCUGCAUUUAAACCACAAUAACACACUGUGUUGUUAUGUGACUCCAAGUUGACACUGAAUCAUGGCAACCCCAUUGAGGAAUUUUGCCAUUGCCUUAGGCUUCUAAGGCUAAGAGAGUGUGACUUAUCCAGGUGCACCUAUUUAUUUAUUUAUUUUACUUAUGGUAUUUAUACCCCACUCUUCAACACUAAAGGCUAUCAGACUGGUUUGGAUUAUUAUUUUUAAUUAGACUUAGGGCUGAGUAGGGAUUUGAACCCUGGACUUCAGUACUCCAACUACUACACGAUGCUAGCUCUAUCCUAAAUUUUCUACCUCCAAAGAAAAUCAUAGAAAAGUUAAUUUGGAGGGAUUCUUCUAAGGGCUUGGCCCAGCUCAGGGAAAGAACUAAACAGUCCUUUGCUUCUGUUUCAUUAUCUACAUAUAGAAGACUCACAGAUAAUGCACACAGAUAUCCUCUCAAUAUACAUGUCACACUCUCUCAGCCUUUGAAGAAGGCAAAGUCAAACCCCUCUCUGAACAAAUCUUGCUAAGAAACCCUCAUCAUAGGUUCGCCUUAGGGCUGCCGUAAGAUGGAAAUGACUUGAAGGCACACAACGACAACAAUGAGCCCCUCCUGUCUCUAUAUCUGUCCUGACCCCAGCUGGGAAGUAUCCAUAACUACUAACACAUAGUUAAAGUACAACCAAAUACAAACUACACAAAACACAGUCAGUCACAAAAUACAUCAUACAAGCGUUUGAAGCUUCAGUGGCUUCAUCCUUGGGCAAAGAUCUUAAAAGUCAUACCAAAGAAAAGUGAGGAUGUUGGAGUCCCAGGCCUACAUUUUGUCUCAGAAGUGGGUUCUGUUGUCGGUUAAAAUGGUCUGGGGGCAUCUCAGUGGAGGCAGGGGCCAUUCCCCUUUUUGGCCUUGUGAAGACUAGGGACAAAAGGCAAUAGAAGACAGGUAAUACCAUUUAAACUCCAUUAGCAACAGAAAAGUAACUUCCCUUAAGAUCCAGUCUGCCCCUGCCCUGUGCAAUGCUAAUGCUCUUUCCUUAGGCAGAGAGCACUGAAUUUCUCAAGAAACCUCUGUAUUGUUAUAUCUGGAAAAAACCUUCAAGUGAUAUAAUAGAAAAAAAUUGCCAGUUGUAGUCCAAGUGAAAGAGGACUUUGCUGGAGUGAAAGCUUCAAAGUAUUAAAUCCCAGUCCAUUAACUUCCUCUUCCUCUAUCGUGGCAAAAUUCAGUACUGUAUCUUCAGAUCCAGGAAACGUGUUCAGCCGUGUAGCAAAACACAACCAACUCCAAAAUCCAUCAAACUGUGCACCUUUCUCUUCCGAUAGUAGUUACAGCGUUUUAAUUGGCUUGGAAGUCCUUCUUGCUGUCAGAAAAAGGUAAGGGACACAUUGCCUUGAGGCAGAGGUGGGCAAAGUGUACAGGGUCAUUUUUAUGGCUCUCAAAAAUGGCAAAAUUUUUCCAAAGAAGAUAUAUUUUUGUCCCCAAAUGCCCUCUAUGGAGACUGUGGCAAUGCUCAACCUUUUGGGGCGCAAGGUGGACUAAUUUAAACCCCAGAGAAGCAUUUUUUCCAAACAGGAGGUGAAUAGCAAGUAACUUCUGCUCGCUUCUUGUUAUUUAAAAAAUGGCAUCUUCUAGACCUUAUUGCCACUAGUUUUAGCUUGGCUUUAUAAACCUCAUCAUGUCCAUAUUCCAGAUAGAAGCUGCAUCUACACUGGAGAAAUAAUGCAGUUUGACACCGCUUUAACGGCCAUGGCUCAGUGCUAUGGAAUCCAGGAACUUGUCGUUUUGUAAGAUUUUGCGACAUACCUUCUGGUGACAUACCUUUUCUGGUGCCACAACAAACUACAAAUCCUAGGGUGCCUUAAGAUGGAGCCAUGGCAGUUAAAGCGGCACAGCCAAAACUAAAAACGAUUUCUACCUUUUAAAGGGUGCAAAGCCCCACGGCGUUUGCUGUGUCUUUUUAAAUAGGGAAAACAGCAAAAAACUAACCUCUUGUUCUUAUCUCUCAGCCGACGGACAAGCGGCAAGCCAUGGUGAGGCGGGAGUCGGUCAUUAACCUGGAAAACUUCAAAAAGCAAUAUGUCAGGAGGCGGUGGAAGCUCACCUACAGCAUCGUGUCUCUGUGCAACCAUCUGUCCCGUUCCUUGGUGAGGAAAGU